AUCCAAUAUUCCAUUUGCAGGCCUGCAGACACCAGGGCCCUUUUUCUUCUGCCACACCCUUCUACAAAAAGCUCAGGGACGUACACUCCGCACGCUUAGUUUUCAUAUACAUUGAAUUCAUGGAGGCGUCUAGUUCAGGAAGCACCAUGGAUUCCAAUGACACAGAAGUUCCAUGGAAAGAAAGAGUGGAGACCUGGAAGAAGAAUGUAAAAUACAGUCACUUGAUGCGUGCAGAAACCAUCAAUGGAAGAUCCCAGAGGCAGAAACCAGAUCUCAUCAUUGAGACAGACGUGGAACCCAGGCAGUCUCUCUCCUCUGAGCUACCCAUUAAAGCGAACAUAAUUUAUCCAUACAGGCUUGUGAUAGUUUUGCGUUUGUUAAUUGUGGGAUUCUUUUUUUACUUGAGGAUAAAGAGCCCUGUGAAGGAUGCAUAUGGCCUCUGGAUUACUGCUGUUAUUUGUGAAAUCUGGUUGGCCGUAUCAUGGGUUCUAGACCAGUUGCCCAAGUGGUCUCCCAUGAAUCGCCAGACUUACCUCCAAAGAUUAUCUAGCAGGUAUGAGAAAGAGGGCGGAGAGUACUCUGCGCUAGCAAGCGUGGAUGUUUUUGUGAGCACGGAGGAUCCAAUAAGCGAGCCGCCAAUGAUGACUGCAAAUGCUAUUUUAUCUGUGCUUGCUGUGGAUUACCCUGCCGAAAAAGUUUCGUGCUAUCUGUCGGACGAUGGCUCGGCCAUGGUUACGUUCGAGUGUUUGUCUGAGACUGCGGAAUUUGCAAGGCGGUGGGUUCCCUUCUGCAAGGAAUUCAACAUCGAACCCAGAGCUCCUGAAGCUUAUUUUUCCCAAAAGAUUGAUUAUCUUAAAGAGAAGGUCAGACCUUCCUUUGUGAAAAAGCGCCGGGAAAUGAAAAGAGAAUAUGACGAAUUCAAAAUUAGAAUGAAUGCUUUGGUGAGCAAACGACAGAAGACCCCAGAGGAUGGGUGGAUGAUGCAGGAUGGUAGGCCUUGGCCCGGGAACAAUCCUCGCGACCACCCAGCAAUGAUUCAGGUAUUUUUAGGCCGCACUGGGGCUCUUGACAUCACAGGACAUGAACUCCCUCUGUUAGUUUACGUCUCUCGUGAGAAAAAGCCUAGUUUCCAUCACCAUGACAGACCCGGUGCCAUGAAUUCUCUGGUUCGAGUCUCGGGAGUGCUAACCAACUCUCCCUACAUCUUGAAUAUGGACUGUAUGCAAUACAUAAACAACAGUCAAGUCUUGCGAGAGGCAAUGUGCUUUAUGAUGGACGCCCCAGUUGGCCAAAACGUUUCUUACGUGCAGUUUCCUCUCAGAUUUCAUGCUUUCGACAAGCAAUGGAACAAAUAUGUUAAUCACAACACCGUUUAUUAUGAUAUAACAUUGAAGGGGCUAGAUGGUAUUCAGGGGCCAAUGUACUUAGGCACAGCAUGUGUUUUCAGGAGGCAAUCUCUCUAUGGUUACGCCCCUCCCCUAAUCAGCCAAAAAUCUUCCCAAUCAUGGCGGCCCUGGUUGUUUGGCAGAUCAAAGGACACUGAUAGAGAAAGCCCAGAUACCAUCAGCAAUGAAAUGCUCACAGACACUGAAAGUUUUUACCAAUACGAAUCAGAGACUGCACAGCUGUUAGGUCCCUUUCAAAAUUUGGAAGCAUCUUUGGGGCAAUCUCCAGUCUUCAUCGCUUCAACUUUAAUGGACGAUGGUGGUCUUCCGGACACUACAGACCCUUCUUCGCUCAUCAGAGAAGCCAUCCAUGUUAUUACCUGUACAUAUGAAGAGAAAACCCAAUGGGGAAAAGAGAUCGGUUGGAUAUACGGCUCUGUCACAGACAAUGUCCUCACAGGAAUGAAGAUGCACGCCCGUGGCUGGCAAUCCAUAUAUUGUGUUCCUUCAAGGCCUGCAUUCAAAGAAAAUGGUGCUAUGAAUUUAGCAGACAGCCUGAGGCAACUGCUCCAUUGGGCACAUGGCUCCAUGGAAAUUCUUCUCAGCAAACGCUGCCCACUGUGGUACAGAUUGAGAUCUGGGCAACUUAAUUGGCUUCAAAGAGUCGCCUACAUCAACACAGUAGUUUACCCAUUGGCUUCAAUUCCACUCAUCACCUACUGCUUUCUUCCUGCUGUUUGUCUCCUGACAGGAAAAUUCAUAUUUCCACUGCUAGACGAAUUUGGACUCAUUUGGAUCGUAGGUGUCCUUAUCUCCAUGGUGGCCUGUGUGUUCCUGGAGCUCAAAUGGAGCCAUGUGGAGAUUGAAGACUGGUGGAGGUACCAACAGUUUUGGGUGAUUGGAGGCACCUCUGCUCACUUUUUUGCAAUAUUCCAAGGCCUGCUAAAAGUAUUAACAGGCAUGCAGUUUACUGCCAUAUCUACUGCUCAUCCAAAACCCAAGUCAAAAAAAUUAGAUGAGGCAGAUGAUCUCAAGGAACUCUAUGUAUUUGAAUGGACUAAUCUUCUUAUCAUUCCAACCACACUGGUGAUAGUCAACCUUUUAGCUGUUGUAGCUGGAAUUUCAGCCACAUUUAACAGUGGAUAUGGUGAAUGGGGAUUCUUGUUUAAGAAGCUCUGCUUUGCAUUCUGGGUUGUAGUACACUUGUACCCAUUUCUGAGAGGCCUUUUGGGAAGACAGAAUCGAACUCCUACUAUAGUUAUACUUUGGUCUGUUCUUCUGGCUUCUAUUUUCUCGCUUUUGUGGAUUAGGGUCGAUCCAUUUCUUAACAAGAAGGAUGUUUCUCCUUUUCAACGAUGUACUUUUGACUGCUCUUGACUGCUUCAAUGAAAAGCUCUCGGAUCUGUCAUACCAGACAACGUCUUUUUAUCAUUGUAGUCUGUCGGUUCCUCGACAAGUUUUACAUCAAACCAAGCAAUCUAAAUUCUUAUUCUUUCUUUAACCUUUUUAAAAUAUCUUCCUGUUUAACAAAGCCUCAAUUAUGAAGUCGGUUCUUUGUACAGUAAGCAACCUACAAUUAAAAGAAUCUGCUGCUUUAAAAUAGCAGAACUCUUGUAUGAAGGGCCCAAGGGCAUAAUUACUAAGUUCUUGUGUUCCAUAAAAAGGAAGAGGGGAGUGAAUACAAUGUAAUAAAUUUGGUUUUCGACA